AUGAUGGAAGAAGCGUGGGAGGCACUCCUGAAAUCUUACGUAUAUUACAAAGGCCUGCCUGUUGGAACCCUUGCGGCCAUGGAUCCUACCGCCGAGGCUUUGAAUUACAAUCAGGUUUUUGUAAGAGACUUUGCUCCCAGCGGCUUAGCCUGUCUAAUGAGACCAGCCAGUGCUGGUGGCGAUCCAGAGAUAGUAAAGAAUUUCCUGUUAAAAACUCUCCACCUCCAAGGUUGGGAGAAAAGGAUAGACAACUUUACACUUGCAGAAGGUGUCAUGCCUGCCAGUUUUAAAGUUCUUUAUGAUUCGCAUAGGCUGAGGGAAACCUUGGUUGCAGAUUUUGGUGGCAGUGCCAUAGGGAGGGUUGCUCCUGUUGACUCUGGGUUCUGGUGGAUCAUUCUGCUAAGAUCAUGUACCAAGUGCACGCAUGAUCACACACUUUCAGAAAUGCCUGAGGUGCAGAGAGGAAUGAAGCUGAUACUUAACCUUUUCCUUUCAGAUGGAUUUGAUACUUUUCCAACUCAUUUGUGUGCAGAUGGCUGUAGCAUGAUUGAUAGGAGAAUGGGAAUUUACGGAUAUCCUAUUGAAAUCCAAGCCCUCUUCUAUUUUGCAUUAAGGUGUUCAAGGGAGAUGCUGAAACCAGAGCGAGAUGGCAAGGAAUUGAUCAAGCGCAUUGAUAAGCGCAUAACAGCUCUCAAUUAUCACAUCCGAAAUUACUACUGGCUUGAUUUCACAAAGUUAAACAACAUAUAUCGUUACAAAACUGAGUAUUCCCACACUGCUGUCAAUAAAUUCAAUGUAAUUCCCGAGUCCAUUCCUGAUUGGGUGUUUGAUUUUAUGCCCCUAAGAGGGGGAUAUCUGAUUGGUAAUGUCAGCCCAGCUCGAAUGGACUUCCGCUGGUUUUUGGUUGGAAACUGCAUUGCAAUCUUAAGUUCAUUAGUUACACCUGCACAAGCAACAUCAAUUAUGGAUUUGAUUGAGGAGCGUUGGGAGGACUUGAUAGGAGAGAUGCCUUUGAGGAUCGUUUAUCCAGCCCUGGAGGGUCAUGUUUGGAGAACUGUCACUGGAUUUGAUCCAAAGAAUACACGAUGGAGUUACCAUAAUGCAGCUUUGAUAUGGCUACUCGCAGCAGCAUGUAUCAAGACAGGAAGGCCUCAAAUUGCAAAACGAGCCAUAGAGCUGAUGGAACAGCGCCUUUCCAAAGAUGGAUGGCCUGAAUACUAUGAUGGUAAGGCCUGGAGUUAUGUGGGAAAGCAAGCAAGGAAGUAUCAGACAUGGAGCAUUACUGGCUACUUGGUCGCCAAGCUGUGA